GAAGAAGAAAAGUUCUUUCAGCUGUUGUCGUUUGAAUCCGGAAAUAUGGCGGAUGCGGUUGUUUCCUUUGUGCUGGAACAGCUCACUGACUCUGUCAUUCAGGAAUUGAAAUUCUUGGGUGGAGUGAGAGAUCAGGUGAAGCUUGCACAAACCCAGCUACAAUUGAUGCGAGGCUACCUCAAAGAUGCAGAUUCAAGACAAGGAGAAAGUGAAGCAAUACGCAUUUGGGUGGCAAAUAUUAAAGAUGCGGCUUAUGAUCUGGACGACGCCAUCGAAACUUUUGUCUUAAAAAUGGCUUCCAAGAGGAAUGCAAAUCUUUUCAAAAGGAUUGCUUACAUCUGCGUAGGAGGAGUUUAUCUUUACAAGAUUGGUUCAGAAAUCAAGAAAAUUACUACCAAAAUUUCAGAGUUGAGAUCGAGCCUGCCAGGUGACCUAAGGGAGAGUGGAGGUGACACUUCUUUUCAGAGGCAACGAGAACGGAGGAUAGCUUAUCCUCAUAUUAUCGAACCUCAUGUGGUUGGGUUAGCCGGUGGAACGGAGAUAUUGGCUACGCAUUUGAUCAAAGAAAAAGGCCCCCGAGUUGUUUCUAUUUGGGGGAUGGGCGGGUUGGGUAAAACCACUCUUGCAAAACAAGUUUAUCAUCACAGUAAGGUUAAGCGUCAUUUCGAUUGUUUUGCCUGGGUGUGUAUCUCUCAACAAUGCCAGGGACGGGAGGUUUUGAAAGAAAUUCUGACAAAACUCAUUUCUCCUACCAAUGAGCAAAGACAAAAAAUUGCAGAUCUGGGGAAGGAUCAAAUUGCAGAGUGGCUUUGGAAUACGCAGAGAGAAAGGAAAUGUUUGGUGGUGCUGGAUGACAUUUGGACCCGUGAUGCGUGGAGGUCGUUGGAAGUGGGAUUUCCAAUGACUGAGGAAACUGAGAGUCGAAUUUUACUCACUACUCGCAACAAAGAAGUCGCUUCGUAUGUGGACAAAAAUGGUUUCCUCUACGAACCACAGCCGUUGAAUGAUGAUGAAAGCUGGGAACUGUUUGAGAAGAGAGCAAUGUUUGAAACGGAAUAUACAAACCAUAAAAUUUAUGAACAAAAGAAAGAGCUAGGAACAAAGAUGCUUCAAAAUUGCAAAGGUUUGCCAUUAGCCAUCACGGUGCUUGCAGGACUGCUAGCUAGAAAAGACACAGUUGAUGAGUGGAAUAUUGUCCAUAAGAAUGUUUAUGCAUAUAUAAGAAGAGGCACAGACCUUGGGCCCGAUUACAAAGGUGAAGGAUAUGAAGGGGUAUCAUGGUUAUUGGAAUUGAGUUACGAUAACUUACCAUAUUACUUAAAACUAUGUUUUCUCUACUUAGCCCAUUUUCCAGAAGAUUAUGAAAUACCAGUGGGUACACUGACUAAACUAUGGAUGGCAGAAGGUUUUAUAUCAUCAGCAUCAGCGGAAGUAAUAGAAGAUGUAUCAUAUAUGUGCUUAAGUGAGUUGGUGGGCAGGUGUAUGGUUCAAGUUGGAAAACAUGGUUCAAGAAAGAAAAUCAAGACUUGUCAUCUCCAUGAUCUUAUGCGAGACUUAUGCAUGUUAAAGGCAAAAGAGGGGAACUUUCUCCAUAUUAUCAAUUAUUCUGCAGCUGUGGAGACCAAUGAAACACCAAACGGUAGAGUUCGAAGACUUGCCAUCUAUUUGGACAAAACGGUUGAUACAUAUGGUCCAGAGAAAGAUGAAAAUUAUGGACAUAUUAGGUCUUUGUUAUACUUUGUCCCAGAAUACUACUUCAUGAAGUCAAAGGCAUUAUGGUUAGAGUCUCUAUUCAAGAACUUCACAUUACUUAGAGUUAUGAAGUUUGAAGGUAUGAGUGUUGGAAAACACAAAUUACCAGGUGAAAUUGGGAAUCUAGUGCACUUAAGGUUUUUAAGUGUGAAGGAUAGUGAUAUUCGAGCGAUACCAUCAUCUAUAGCAACUUUGGUAUGUUUGCAGACUCUAGAUUUACGUACAAUGUGGGGGACUGAAAUUCCAAAUGGAAACGUGUUUUCCAAGAUGGAAAAAUUGAGACAUAUAUACUUACCCAAAUAUCACAGUGCAAGACGUCUGUUAUUUGCUACUGAGGUAGUGAAUUUGCACACGGUAGUCAAUAUUUAUAUUCAGGCAUCAUCUGAUCUAGAUGAUUUUGUUAAACUAACCAACCUUAGAAAAUUGGGAGUUAUCACAUUUGACGGAGGGGAAAAAAAGGAGAAAGGGACAAACAUCAUAUUUAAGCACCUCCAGUCUCUAUCGGUGGACUCCACAUUGUUCUCUAGUGGAUUGUUCUCUGGUAUGUCCACGUUUUUACCAAUACCAUGGAACAUAGUAUUAAGCUGUCCUAAUAUAUACAAGCUGCGACUACGCGGAGAAAUCGCUGAGUUACCAGAAGACCUCAUGUGCCUUACGAACCUCACCAAGCUUACACUGAGAGAAUUUGGUAAUCUCAAGGACGACCACAUAAAAGUAUUUGAGAAGCUGCCAAGCUUGAGAAUGCUUUUUGCUAGUUGCGGGAAUUUUCCAGAAUUUCUUGUUUGCUCAAAGGGAGGCUUUCCAUUUCUCGAAUUUCUUUCUCUUCAUUUGGUGGAGGAGUUAAAAGAAUGGAAGGUGGAGAAAGGAGCCAUGCCUAGUCUCUGCAGAUUGCAUAUUGAUCAUUGCUUAGUUUUGGAGGCAGUUCCUGACGGGCUCCAAUAUAUUACUUCCCUCAAUGAAUUAACCAUCAAAUCGAUGCUUCCUGAAUUCUGUAGCCGGCUUCGAAAAGGAGGAGAAGAUUUUUACAAAAUCCAACAUGUGCAGUCUGUUAUAAUUUCAUAUGAUUAA